UACGCAGCAGCGGUUAUGGUAAGAGACGUACAGCUUAGCUGACGACGUUGGGGAUAACACAGAAAGCAGAGAGCUCCCAUGGCUUCGCCUCUUUCCUUCUCUCCGCGUCGCCUUCUCAACUCUCGCGCGCUUGCAAUUGCAAGCACUCACUUCCACGCCAUUAAUGUCGCGCCUUCCCAAAUUUCAGCACCAUCCGUUUCUUCUGUUAGUAAUCCCCUCAAGUUUAAGCUCAAACAACCUCUCAGAGCGUCUUCUGAAGGAGCCCCUAAUGAGUUAGUCGAAGAUUCUAAGUUUGUUCCCUUGAAUGCUGAUGAUCCCAGAUAUGGUCCACCUGCAUUGCUGUUACUGGGCUUUGAAUUGGAGGAGGCCAUGAAGAUUCAAGAGCUUUUGAAAGAUUUGGGCGGUGAAUUCAUGCAGGUUAUUCUUUGUACUGAAGACAUGAUUGCCAGAUCCCUGUGGGACGCAGUGCAUACAAGCCAGCCAGUUUUGGCAAACGUGAAGAUAGCAAGAUCAUUGCCACGAAUCUGCUUCUUAUCCGGUCUUAGCGGAGAGGAAAUGAUGAUGUUCAUCGACACUUUUCCAGAAACUGGACUUGAACCAGCUGUAUAUGCUGCUCUUGUUCCCAACGGUGCCAAUAAACCAGUAGGGGAGUUAAUAGCAGAGAUUAUGGGGGACCAUGAAAUGAUGACUGGUGCAACAUCAGACAGUCCAUAGGGGAGUAGAAAGCUGGAGAUUUGGUGAAAAAUGAAAAUCCACAUUCAUAAUAUGAAAUCUCAAACACCUGUGGCUCCCUCGAAUCACCUAGAUUCACACGCGUAAUUUUUAUAGCUGCUUUUAUCUGUCUAAAGUCGUUCAUGGUAAUGAAAUACCAUAUUCUAUAUUCACGACUUGCUCAAACUUUUGUUCUUUUGUUCUUUUUUUCCACUUUUUGUUUUGGAUAUUUGUUCAUCAUGACUCCUUAAUCCAACCUGGAUUUGUCUCACAUUUUAUUCAACUCUGUAUGAUGUUAUGUCACGUCAUAUGUGGUGAAA